AUGGAACCCCAGAUUGGCACACCCCUGCUGUAUGUUGCUAUUACAAGAGAUAUUUGGGAGGCUGUGAAAAAGUUGUACUGCACACAACAAAAUGGAGCUCGAUUGUAUGCACUUCGUAAACAAGUCCAUGAAUGUAAACAAGGAACCAUAGAUGUCACAACUUACUUCAAUAAACUAUUUUUGAUUUGGCAAGAAAUGGAUUUAUGUCAAGAGUUGAUUUGGAGUUGUCCGUGUGGAGGAGUUUUGCACUAUCAGUUCGAAGAGACAAACCGAUUCUAUGGUUUUUUGGCAAGACUUAAUCCAAAAUUUGAUGCUGUGCGAAGUCGAAUUAUGGGAGCUCGUCCAGUACCCUCCCUGAUGGAAGUGUGUUCUGGAAUCCGACUUGAAGAAGAUCGGUCUAAUGCCAUGAAUAAUCCAGUAAUUCAGUUAACUAAUUUCGCUGCGUUUAAAGUAUCAAGAACUGACAAACAAAAUGGAAAAGUACUUCCAGCCUGUGAACACUGUAAGAAGCCAUGA